UUUUGUGCCUUUGGCUUUCAUUACUGGUAAGGGAACCUUUAAGGCUUUAACAAACAAAGGAGUAGUCACAUUAUCCCUGUUGGGCAACGUUUGCUAACUUGGUCUAAGAGCUUGCAAGCUGCAGCUUUGCUUCCCAAAGGAUUACUGAUAUGGAGCACAACCCUAAUUCCUCAAGAACAGAUAGAAAACUCAUCGAGAGAAACAGGAGAAAUCAAAUGAAAGCUCUCUAUUCCAAACUCAAUUCUCUCAUACCCCAUCACAACUCUAGGGAAUCAACAUCACUGCCUGAUCAACUAGGUGAAGCUGCAAACUAUAUAAAAAGGUUACAGACAAACUUGGAGAGAAUGAAGGAAAGGAAAGACAGCUUACUAGGAGUAGAAAGGUCGAUGAAUACAAGCAGGAGCAGUGGGCCGAGAUCUCCUCAAAUCAUGAUUCAAGAAAUGGGUUCUUCUUUGGUGAUUGGGUUAACAACUUGCUCGAGUAGUCAGUUCAUCUUCAAUGAGACAAUUCGUAUUCUUCAUGAAGAAGGAGCCGAGAUCGUUAAUGCCAGUUUCUCUGUUGUUGACGAUACUGUUUUCCAUACUAUACAUCUUACGGUUGCGGUGUCUUAUGCACCAGAUUAUGGAGCUGCAGCCAGGAUAUCUGAGAGACUACAGAAGUUCGUCAAUGAUAUUGCUGAUGCAUGAUCAGUGAUGCUCUAACGGAGUAAAUAAUCUGAAUUACUCUAUCUUCUGUUUGAUUGUUAGUAAAACGUUUGUCAGAAACCUCAAGGGAUAUGAAACAUGAGGCGCCAUUGCCGCUUGCUAAUUAGUAGUAUAUUAAAUAAUGCUGCUUGGCAACACCAGAUCUAUUGCUAUGAUGUUUUCAAUUCCCAAGCUUUUUCAUAUCUGUACAUACCCCAUCAAAUUACCUCUCAAAUUCAAUAAAGCAAACUGCCACUAUAACCUAGUUAAACUAGGAUUAAACAAAGUUUACAGCUUUUAUGCAUUGUUGAUUCUAGUUUAGAUAGGAUUAUGGUGAAUAAUGGCUCUAUAUUUGAUAUAUAUGACAAACUUCUUCUUGCUAGCUCAGAAAUGA